AUGGACCGGGACGCCUCUGGGGGUUCCUCCGGCGCAGCUUGCGACGACGCCAACCCGUCUAGGCAAUGCAAUGGCGAGAUUCGAAACGGCAGCCGGCGGCGCUGGCAGGCUAGUGCUACCGACCCCGUUCCGAUCGAGCGUGCGCGCGUCGGUGAAUCGCGGUCAGCUGAUGCUGCUCGUUCUGGAUUCUCGCCUCUCAGCAUUCGAGCUCGACGCCAUGGCCUGCCUGCCUUGAUCGAGCUCGACCAUCCGUCCAUCAAGGCCACGGCGCAGCGCUCGACCAUUACCUCGCCAUUGCCUCGCCGCGCGCCUACCAGCCCCCGUCGCUGCGUCCUUCCUAUUUCUAUCCCACACAUGCGACUCCGUGCGUCUGCAUGCAUGUACCGUGGCCGGACAAUUCUCCGCAUCGCAGGGCCCGAGGUACUCCGCGCCACGCACUGUGCCCCGGACGGAGCGCAGGACGCGAGGUUACACCGCGCUGCUGGUCCGUACGGCGCCGAGCAUUCAGUGCCGUGUCUACCUGCCUGCCAGCCAGCCAGCCUGCCUGACUGCCACGCAACGCACCUGGCGGUGGCUGUUGCGUCAGGUACCCCGAGUCCUACCUUUGCGUGCCAAUCACCGGCCGAGCCACCAAGCGCAUGGUCUGCAAGUAUUGUACGCAUCGCCGCCGCGUAA